AACCUUGAGCGCCAGUCGCAUGUGGUCUAUCGUGAGAAGGAGGUUUGCGCGUUUAGCUCCGGGACAUUUAAUACCAGUUAUUCUGUAAAUUCCUAAGCAUUUAUAUCGUAUAAACGAUGGGACGAUUACUGCUGAUAUUGACGGUGUUGGCUGUGAUACUGGCCUUCGCCACAAGCUCGGAAGCCUCGAUGAAGCUGUACAAGAAGAACCCGGGCAGCAACAAAUACAGACCAGUACUGAAGGCCGUGUCGUCUACGGUGAUACCACUGGAUGACUUACCCACCUUCACCGUCUCCUCUCUGCUUGGGCCCGCGUCUGAAGCGCCUCCUGCGGGCGUUACUAAGCCUGCUAAGCCCACCAAACUCAUCACAGCGUCACGUAAGAAGCCCUACGCGCCACCGAAGAAAGUCGGCGCCUCGACGUUUGAUGACUCGGAUUUCGCUGGCCUGUGAAGCUACGUCAUGACAACUCAAUACAUUCUUGACCAUCAAUAAACACUCUUAUUGCUGCAGCAUUGCCAUGACACUAAAUUCUGUCUUCAUCUAAACGGCUUUUAACUGCACUACCAUCAAUAUUACGCAAUAAACUGUUUCAUCUUCGAAAUUGGUGAAACUAUGUGAACUCUGUGCCAUUGCUUCGUCAAGUAUACAUAAUCAAAAUAUCUGUAGACAAAUGAAAAGAACAAGUUAUAAGAUAUCUAGAUCGCGUCAGGGUCUUCAGGCAUCUAAGUGUUUUUCACUUACGGUAGUUUAUUAUACGCGGUCGUCAAUCCCUUGUAAAGCCAUAAAUAUAUUUGAUAUUUGGCACAUUGCAAUCGCUAAAGAUAUACGUAACAAAUAAUAAUUGCAUAUAUUAGAUUGAAGUUACUGAUCUUACAAAUAAAUAUGCGUUGACCA